AUGCGAGUUUUUCCAGUCCAUGAUAUCAAUAACCAACGCAGCAGUAACCCAUUCAAACGCGGCGCCACAUCCUUCCCUCGGCAAUGCUCUGAUUCCUGCCGCAAUGCUCAACUAGAAUGCCAACGACACCCACUGUCCCCCGCCCUCUGCGGUCCAGGGAGCAACUUCCUCCAGCAAUACAACCAAUGUCAGUCAUGCAUCGAAAAUAACAGCAACAAUCCGGAGCCGAUCAAGGCAAGUCUGGCGAUGAGGUUCAAGAAGUGUACCGCGUAUUGCAACAAGUUACAAGCAAGCAUCAGUGCGCCUCCGUCAGCAACUCAAACAAAAAUUCCGACUGCCGGACAGGAUGGAGACCCGUUCACGACAGCAACAAUCAAGACUUCCAGCACUUCUUCCACUCCUGCUAUACAAACAAUAAUAACCACGAGUUCCUUGAAUGUGGACUACAAAGGGGAGACAACGAUAGUUACCUCUACUUCCUCUACUUCCACGCUACCCGCGACAACGAUGAACCCACCCACCUUACCUACAACAUCCACUUCCACUCCCCAACAAUCUUCUUUUACCCUCCCUUCCUCUUCUUCCUCCUCAAAAUCAUCAUCAACCUCCACACCCCUCACCACUUCCACCAUCCUCGACACCACCACCACCACCACACAAACCCAGACAUCAUCAUCACUCACCUCCCCCACAGACACAGACACAAGUCUUGCAAAUCCCACUUUACUACCUCUACAACCAAGCUCUGAUACCACCUACACCGACACCAAUACCAACAACACCAAAACCGCACCCUGGGUCUGGGUCAUCGUCGGCAUAACCAUCACCGUCGUCUUUCUCCUUUCCAGCGGGAGUUUCUUCCUUUUUUAUAACAAGGGGAGGUCGAAACGAGAACGAAGACAAACGGGGAUGAAAGGGAUGGUGGAGUUGAAGGAGACGACGACGGUAGGGAACCUUAGGUUUGGUGAUGCCGGGUGGGGGAGUGAUGCGGCUUGUUUUAGGACGGGGACCGGGACGGGGACCGGGACGAGAGCUGGGAUGAUGAGGAGGGCGCCAGAUGAAGCGGGUGGACCUGGUAGUAAUGUGAUGCCAGAAUUGGAAGGCAGUGGUAGUGGUGGAGGCUGGGGAGGAGGGAGGAGGAGGGGUGUUGGGGGAAUAAUUACUAAGGGGAAUGGAAAUGGGAAUGUACUACCGCCGGUUGAGAUGCCGAGUUGUGGGAAUGGGUUUGCGGAGUUGCCUACGGAGUUUAAUCGGAGGAAGGAGGAGCUGGUGAAGUGA